AUGACCCUAACCAGUAGAGAAAAACGCGCAAAGCGAAGGCAAGAAUGCAGAGAAGCUUUAGCCAUCCAUAUUCGUGAUUAUCACAGACAACAGUUAGGAAUUACGGUUGCUCCAGAUCGAGUGCGUUUGCAGCCAUGCGCUGAGGAUGGUUACGCUUGGGCCGUUGUCAAGAAUAAUGAGCACUUGUUGAAGACGAGUCUGAGCAAUGGGUCCAUUGGUGUUUAUGAUAGCAUUCUAAGAGGCUUAGGUCAUUUGAUCAAGGCUGUUAUCCCUGGGACUUUAGAGUACACCAGGAAAAUACCUAAUUCGCACGAAGAGAUCUCGAAUGUGGAGAAUAGUCCUUAUGCAGCAGCAAUCAACAAGUUAGAACGAGAGAACCAAACUUUGACGGAAGAACUAAAUCGGGUGCGCAGCUACUCCGGAGAGCUCUUGAGCAGAGAUUGUGAAUAG